UUCAUAAAAUACUAAAUCCUUUUCCUAAAAAUCAGUUUUCCUGAAUAAAAAGAAAGGAUUGACAAUUGACAAACGUCCCUUUUCUCCGAGUGCUUGAAUGAAACUGCUGAUACAAAAGGCUCUGAGUUUUGGGUGUUAGUGAAGUGAAGUAUAUCAAAAAUGGUAUCCGUUGCUUACAAAUCCCUAUUCUGUUGGUUCUUGUUGACAUCAUCAUUGUUCAUAUUAUCUUGGUUGUCAUUGCUAAGAUCAACUGGGCACUCUCAUUCUGUUGUAUUUGGUAUACUGCCAAGUUCGAAGCUUUUUCGAUUCCCUGAAAAUUGGAAUCUUGAUGAAUCAGUCAGUGAGAGAGCAAACUGGGAUAAGAAUUCAGUGAAAUGUGGUGCAAAUGUGCCAAUGCUCAGGGUUUUCAUGUAUGAUUUGCCAUCAGAGUUUCAUUUUGAUUUGUUGGGGUGGAAGGGUGUUGGGGAGAAGGAUGUGUGGCCCGAUAUUCGGGAAAAGGUUCCCGACUACCCUGGUGGGUUGAAUCUGCAGCAUAGCAUAGAAUACUGGCUGACUUUGGAUCUCUUGAGCUCUGAAUUUGCAGAGAAUUUGAUAGGUCGUAGUGCUGUACGAGUGCAUAAUUCAAGCGAAGCAGAUGUUGUGUUUGUACCCUUUUUCGCGUCUUUGUGCUAUAACCGGUUCUCAAAGGUGAGGCUGGGCCAGAAGAGGAGCACAAAUGUCGUAUUGCAGGAGAAGUUGGUUAAGUUCUUGGUAGCUCAGGAUGAAUGGAAGAGGUCUGGUGGGAAAGAUCACAUCAUUGUUGCUCACCAUCCGAAUAGUUUGUUAGACGCAAGGAUGAAACUUUGGCCUGCAAUAUUCAUUCUAUCAGAUUUCGGGAGGUAUCCUCCAACCAUUGCUAAUGCUGAGAAGGAUGUGAUUGCGCCUUACAGGCACGUCACUGAGAGUUACGUGGAUGACUCGUCUGAUUUCGAUAGUCGUCCCACCUUGCUCUAUUUUCAGGGUGCCAUCUACAGAAAAGAUGGUGGAACAAUUCGGCAAGAGCUAUACUACAUGCUGAAAAAUGAAACAGAUGUGCACUUCACUUUUGGAACUUACCAAAAGGGCGGCGCUAGGCAGACUUCGAAGGGCAUGCGCGCAUCCAAGUUCUGCCUCAACAUAGCUGGUGACACGCCCUCAUCAAACCGCCUCUUUGAUGCCAUCGCUAGCCACUGUGUGCCUGUCAUCAUCAGCGAUGAGAUCGAGCUUCCCAAUGAAGAUGUUCUUGACUACUCCAAGUUCUGCGUAUUCGUCAGCACAUCGGAUGCUCCAAAACAAGGCUUUCUCUUAAAUCUUACCAGGAAUAUUGGCAGAGAGGAGUGGACUAGGAUGUGGAAGCGGCUGCGAGAAAUCGAACACAUGUACGAGUAUCAGUAUCCGUCCAAAGAGAAAGAUGCUGUUCAGAUGAUAUGGCAGGCCGUCUCCCGCAAGGUUUCCGGCAUCAGAUGGAGGAUUCACCGGAACAGGCGAUUUUCUCGAACGAUCGCCCACAGAAGACAAGCUGUUAGUUCCAGUUCUAUACCGAGGAAUUUUGGUUGAUCAAUCUUGUUGUCUUGAAAAUCUGUGGAAGCUACGGUUGAUCUGGUCCACUUGUCUGCCGGAGAUUGACUGGUUUGAACAAACGGAACGAGGAGGAAGCCAGUGGCCGGAGAAAUCAAUGGUCCGAAUUCUGGAGAUCAGCUGUAAGCUUACACAGUUGAUCAGUUUGUUCAUUAAUUCAACCUUUAGUAGUAAAAAAUGUUUGUUGUUUUAACUUUUUUCAUGUACUACUUCCAGUUGAGUUCAAGAUCAUUGCUCUAUAUACGAAAUUUGUAAGAGAAUAUAUGAAAUUAUAGUAGUAUUAAUAUUAAA